AUGGAGGAUGGCCCUGGUAUCGCGUUAAACGAAUGGUAUAUCAUGAUCCCCUAACCAUGGCUUCAAGCAGAAGUCAUUCUCUCGUCUUUUUACAUCCAACAACGCUGUCUUUCGCUUCUCGUCAGCAUGGUUCUCCUUCAUAUACCAGCUUUCAUACUCGGUCUUUUGACUCUAGGAGCAACAGCCGCUCCCUUCCCUGAGAACCAUGUCCGCCAUCUCGAUACUAGACAAGUGCCCGGCACUCAUGCCCUUCAUGAACGGGCAAUGCCUCACUGGCGAAGGAAAUGGGAGAAAAGAGGACGAGUUCCCCCAAACACUCUUCUUCCCAUGCGCAUUGGGUUGAAACAGGCCAAUCUGGAUGUAGGACACGACUUGCUCAUGGACAUAUCGGAUCCCAAAUCACGGAACUAUGGGCAACAUCUCAGCAGAAAAGAUGUCCUCGAAAUGUUCUCACCCACUUCCGAGACCGUAGAGGCCGUCAAGAAAUGGAUAACCUCCUCAGGGAUCCCCCAAGACCGGAUAUCCCGCUCCGAGAAUAACCAGUGGGUCCAAUUCGACGCCAACGCAACCGAGGCAGAAGACCUUCUCUACACGACCUACCACAUCUACGAACACCUUCCCUCAGGGUCCAAGACCAUCGCCUGCGACCAGUACCACGUCCCACAUCAUGUGAGGGAUCAUGUCGACUACAUUACCCCAGGCAUCAAGCUACGCCCUGACCCAGCCAGGGUUCGGGCUUCGAAACGCAGCCAGCGGCGGGCUCCAUCUGUUCGCACGCAGGAACGGAGAGGAUUCCGCCCUACUCAUCAUGGGCUUAUACGUGCAGGAUUCGAUACCCUCCCUCCCUUGAACGAGAGUGUGUGUUACAAGUAUGUCACGCCGGAGUGUGUACGGGCCCAGUAUGGCAUUCCCGAAGGAACGACGGCAACACCAGGUAACGAGCUCGGCAUCUUUGAAGGUCUCAACGACCACUAUGUCAAAGAAGACUUGGAUGCCUACUUUAGCAGCAUAUAUCCGAAAAUCCCCAACGGCACCUACCCCAUCGAAAAGCUCAUCGACGGGGCCAUCGGUGCCGCCCGGACCUCCGAUGAAUACGGCGCCGAGUCCAACUUGGACUUCCAAGCCGCUUGGCCACUGAUCUGGCCGCAAAAGACGGUCUUGUUCCAGACUGAUGAUCAGUACUAUGAGACCAACCAGACGGAGCAGGAUACGCCCUUCAAAGGAUUUUGGAACACCUUCUUCGACGCCCUCGACGGCUCCUACUGCACCUACUCCGCAUUCAACGAAACAGGCGACUGCAAAGACCCGGCCUGUCUCGACCCCAUUUACCCCAACCCAUUCGCCAACUCUUCCAUCCCUGCCUCCGACAAAUACGAAGGCCCCCGUCAGUGCGGCAUAUACGACCCCACCCCCGUGAUCUCCAUCUCGUACGGCGGAGGCGAAGGGGACCUCCCCGCUUCCUACCUCCAGCGCCAAUGCUCCGAGAUCAUGAAGCUGGGGCUGCAGGGGAUAACCGUGGUGAUGGCGUCGGGUGAUUACGGGGUCGGUUCGUACCCUGGGGACGACGGUCACAAGAACGGGUGUGCCGGGGAGGGCGACAUGGAAGGGAGGGUGUUUUACCCGGAUAGCGAUGCGAGUUGUCCGUAUGUUUUGGCGGUUGGUGCUACGGAAUGGGUUCAGCCUGUGCCUGCAAAUGCUUCGAACUCAACGGCCAACCACCCAGGAGGACCGUUGAUGGAAAGGGCCACAUCGAGGUUCGCAUCUGGAGGAGGUUUUUCCAACAUUUUCCCUUCGCCUUUUUAUCAGGUCUCAGCCGUCACUUCGUACUUCGCAAAAGUUGCUUCUCAGCUCAACUUCACCGGCUACGACAUACCCGAACCCGUCGCGACGAAUUUCACUAUUAGCAAUGACACCGACCUCGGAAGCGGCGUUUACAAUAGGGCAGGCCGUGGCUAUCCUGACGUCAGCGCUAUUGGCGAUUACUAUCUAUUUCGGUUCGCUGGUAGUUGGCACGAGAUUGGAGGCACGUCGCUGGCGGCUCCGGUGUGGGGGGCGGUGUUGACGUUGGUUAUUGAGGAGAGGGUGAAGGUGGGGAGGAAGGGCAGGUUGGGGUUUGUUAAUCCUUUGUUUUAUGCGCAUCCAGAAAUCUUCAACGACGUUACAGUCGGGUCGAAUCCCGCUUGCAAUUCUUCGGGAUUCCCGGCGGCGGAGGGAUGGGAUCCUGUGACGGGACUUGGCACCCCGAAUUUCCCCAAGCUUUUGGAUCUGUUGAUGAGUUUGCCAUGACGGGUCACCGAUGGAGGGCCCCCUCCCCAACUGGGUUGUUUCAUGUUUAGUUGGUAUCCCUCGCGAAUAUCAUCAACACCGACAUCACGGGUC